UUGGUUUAUUUGAUUUGAUUCAUGUGCAUUUCAGUUUAAAGUUUUAGUCCGGUGACGUUUGUUGAAGAUGUGUGAAGACAUGAGGAGGAUGAAGCAGUGACAAGAGCCGCGGAGCGGUGAUCUCAGGCCGUUUUCACGGGAACGGCUCCAGCUGCACCAUGGUGGACAUCGAUGUGAAGCGCGGAGCUGCUUGGGUCUGUCAGACUCAGGGAUGUAAGCUGGCUGACAUCCUGCUUCCUGUUCAUCUGAACAACAGAGAUGAUGAAGAAGAUCUCAGUCAGUCUCACAAAGAAACCGAUCAGGUUGCUCCGGUGGUGUUGGAGCAGGUGGAGGAAGGAUCACCCUGCAUCCUGAUGCUCAGCUGCAGCCCCAGCUUCCCCACUGCUAUCAGCAGCCUGAUGGUGAUCAGCGAGGCUCGAACCAUUGAAGUCUACAACCAGCUGGAAGAGUACUGUGGGACCGUACGGGGCACGAAGGAUGAGAGCAUUCAGUCAGACAGUCCAGACAGAGGUCCUUUCUAUAGGAAGCAGCUUGCGCUUGAGUAUCCGUCUUCAACCUGUGAAGUUAAGUUGCUCUCUUUGGCUGGUAGAAACAGUGUUCUGGUUUGUCGCAUCGUGGUGGGACUGCAGGAGCUGCAGCCUGCUCCGACCCGUGGUCCUGGAAUAGACAUGCAGCAGGUACAGAGUCUGGUGGAGGAGAUGGGGACGACCUUGUCUCCUGGAGCUCAGAACCUUAUGGACAUGGUGCAGUUCCAGCAGAAGAAUCAGACAGGCUCUCUGGGCGGCUUCCUGCCUCUCCUGAUGGGCGGUGGAGCUUUCUCCGCAUUGGCCGGAGGAGUUGGAAUGUCUGCAGCAGCUGCCAGGAGUCCGCCUCAUCCUGCUGACUGCACGCCUCCCGAGGCCACCAGGUCCGUAGACCUGACUCCAUCUCAGAACGGAGGGAUGUCAGAGGGCUCCACUUCCCCGGACCUUUCACUGUCUGACAUCAGCUCUACCAAUACCACGAGCAGCGAGAACGGGGUCCCAGCGAACCACACCCAGCUGGAAGAAAUGAUGUCACGCUUCCUGAAAGGGCGGAGCCAUGGACAGGCGCUGAGCCCCGAGCUUCUGCCCAUGCUCCAGAGUGUGUGUGGACAGGUCACACAACUUCGCCUGGACAAUGCUGGGGCAGCGCUGCUGGAGAGGGACAAGAAGAUGAGAAAUAGCGCCUGCGAGUUGGAUUCAGUCAUGGAGCGCCGCCUGGAGGAGAUGGAGCAGAGGCUGAAGGAGCACAUGGACCGCCGGCUAGACGUUCUGGAGCAGAAGCUGGAAAAGGCCCUGCUGAAUGUUCUGCCGAUGGUGGCUCUGAACCACGGAGCUGUGAGCGGAUCACAGGGAGGAGCUGCUCCGACUGGACCAUCAGAGCACAUGAAUGCAACACCAGCUCCAGACUGAGCUCAGACCUGCUAACAUACUCACUCAGCAUGUAGCCUACAGGCCUUACCGCUCUUAUAUUAAUUCCAGACCAUGAUGUCAGAUUUAACAGAGAUGGAGACGGGACUAAAACGCCCAUUAACAUAUAAAGCUGUUAGAAAUUUCACCUGAAAUGUCAAACUAGACACUAAAUGGUAAAUUGUUUGUAUUUCAGUCAGAUCUUCAGCCUCUGUAUUGGUUUCUUCUUUACUGUCAUGCCUGUGGUUAAAGGGGAAGUCAAUGAGACACUGUUUUACAGUUGAACUGAGUAUUCUGUAUGCACUAUAGGGCAAACAGUGUCUGGACACAAUAACACUCAUUAAACCUCAGCACUGCAGCGGUUUAUGGCUAAAACCAAUCAAAAAUAAGUUCUAUCAAAGAAUAAACUCACAUUCUGUACCAGGCUGCCGGGAAGUAUUACUAAUACAUUGGAAAGAAAUCUGAUUGUGAUCUAAUGCAUGUUUUUUUUUAGCACAGCUGAUUUAGGCAUAACACCAGCAGGGUGGCUGUCUUUCCACUUAGAAUAUCUACACUCCCACAAUCCAUUUCAGUGUUGACAGCAGGUCUCUUUUCACUUUGAAAUAUAACUAUACCUGCAGAGUUUUCAUCUUAUUGAAAUUAGCAACCAUAAGCUGAAAACCAUUCAUGAUGAAGUCAGUCGAACAGCUGAGAAGAUAAAAAAAAAAUCAUUUUUAAAAAUCUGACCUGUUUGGGUUGAGCUGGUGGUUUCUUCUGAUCUUAUAGGAGAGUUAACUGAAGAUGUAACUUAUUUUAAUACAUUGUAAUGUUUUACAUACUGUACAUGUCUGUAAGCUAUUGAACUGAUUUUUAACUUUUGAAAUUAAACUACUGAUGUAAGUCAUAAAUAAAAUGUGUUUAAUACUAUUGACCAAUACUAUUGAAGCAUCAGUGUUGUUCAGAAAACUUUCAAUGAAUGUUGUUUUAAAUGGACAUAAGAGGCUAAGGUAAUUCAUGCAUUACAUGGCAAAGUUAGGAUAGGAGUUGCGUGGAAAGAAACUAAUGUUUCGAACAAGUACUGAUGUAUUCUGAGAGUUGUCUAGAUAAAACGCAGCCUUUGAAAAGCAAUAUGUUCUCAUCAUCUCUGAUGUAGCAACAAACAAGUGAGAAAUUGAACUAAAGGAAAACAAUGUUCCCGAGAGAAAGACUGAAAGGGACUUGCCAGUGUCCAGAAUUUGGUUAAUGUAUUUAGGAAAUAUGGAAGGGGUUUGUUCCUUCAGCAUUAAAAUGUACUAAAAGCUG